GGCUCAGUCGCUUUGGCGUGAAUCUCUCUCGCUGGUUGUGCUUCCAGUCUUUCUUAGAGUCGAGGUCAACACAAAGCGAGCUAAAUCUUAGAAGCUCAGUCACGCAGCGGAAAACCAAACAAUCUUCUGCACGGCGCGCGCUCCCUCUAAACCUGCUCGCUUCUCGUCCGCGAGCACGUGCUUCUCCGGGACCAACGUCUCUCCUCGAGUGGCGCAGAUCCCUCGCGCGGCUUGGAGGUGUGCGUUCGAGAACUCGGUACUGCAAGUUUGCUUAGAAAGCGAAUUAUUUAGUCGUUUGGUCUCGUCCGGACAUUUUAUUAAGAGACACUCGGCAGUAUAUUUUUAGUGUUCGUUUGGGUCUUCCAGAGUUUACCAGACUUGUCGUGUUUGUUUAUGCUCGCAGGCACAGUUUGGAGACGAAGCCCUAGCGAACUUAGUUGAUGGUCUCGUAGAACCGCUUCACUUUUUAGAGAGUCCGGGUUAUAACCCUUGUUUUUUGUGGGAAUAAUUUGAACUUCAAAGCAUAUUUGAAAACUUUAAAAAACGAUGUCGACGGAAGUAUAAGCUUGCAAAGAACAUCGACUUGAACAGAGAAAAUGAGGAGCCGGAGCAAUUCUGGAGUCAAACUUGACAACUAUGCACGAAUAGUUCAACAAACUAUCCUUAGCCACCAAGACCCUGUGACGGGACUUCUCCCUGCAAGUGAGGAGCAACCGGACGCCUGGGUCAGGGAUAAUGUCUACAGCAUCAUCUCGGUGUGGGCUCUGAGCCUGGCCUACAGGAAGAAUGCUGACCGUGACGAGGACAAGGCAAAAGCCUAUGAGCUGGAGCAGAGUGUGGUGAAGCUUAUGAGAGGACUGCUCCAGUGUAUAAUGCGACAGCUGGCUAAAGUGGAGAAGUUCAAGUACAGCAAAAGCACCAUGGACUGCCUCCAUGCCAAGUACAAUACCCAGACGUGUGCCACAGUGGUAGGCGAUGCCGAGUGGGGCCACCUGCAGAUGGACGCCACCUCCCUGUUUCUGCUCUUCCUGGCCCAGAUGACUGCCUCAGGGCUGCACAUUGUAUAUACUCAGGAUGAAGUGGACGUGGUCCAGAAUCUGAUGUUUUACAUUGAAGGUGCCUACAAAGUGGCCGAUUAUGGAAUGUGGGAGCGAGGAGACAAGACCAAUCAGGGAAUUCCUGAGCUCAAUGCCAGCUCUGUCGGCAUGGCCAAGGCAGCACUAGAGGCCCUGGAUGAACUCAAUCUGUUUGGGGCUAAAGGAGGGCCAAGCUCAGUGGUUCACGCUCUGCCCGACGACAUCCAACACUGUCAGUCCAUUCUUAACUCCAUGCUGCCCAGAGCUUCCACAUCGAAAGAGAUUGAUGCUGGCGUUCUCGCCAUAAUCUCCUAUCCAGCCUUUGCUGUGGAGGACCUUGAUCUAGUCAACAUUACCAAGGAAGAAAUUAUUUCCAAGCUACAGGGCCGCUAUGGUUGUUGUCGGUUUCUUAGAGAUGGUCAUAAAACACCUAAAGAGGACCCAAACAGGCUGUAUUAUGAGUCUGCUGAGCUUAAACUGUUUGAGAACAUUGAAUGUGAAUGGCCAUUGUUCUGGACCUACUUCAUUUUGGAUGGCAUCUUCAUAAACAACCCAGAGCAGGUGCAAGAGUACAGAGAGGCACUGGAUAGUAUACUGAUCAAACAGAAAGAUGGGAUACGCCUGCUGCCAGAGCUCUACAGUGUGCCGCUUGAUCGCGUGGAUGAGGAGUAUGUGAACCCUCAUUCUGUGGAAAGGGUUCCUAUGGGCAAAUGCCCCCUGAAGUGGGGACAGUCCCUCUACAUUCUGGGAAACCUGCUGGCAGAGGGCUUCUUGGCUCCUGGAGAAAUAGACCCACUCAAUCGCAGGUUCUCUACCAUCCCCAAACCUGACGUGGUUGUCCAAGUAUCCAUUCUGGCAGAGACUGAUGAGAUUAAGGAGCUGCUGUUGAAGAAUGGGAUCGAGGUGGAAACAGUGGCAGACAUCCAUCCUAUCAGAGUACAGCCCUCUCGGGUUCUGAGCCACAUCUAUGCCAGGCUAGGGCGUAAUGAGAGGCUGGGGCUGACGGGUAGGCCAUACCGCCGGAUUGGCGUGUUGGGAACCUCGAAGCUCUACGUGAUCCGCAACACUAUCUUCUCCUUUACACCUCAGUUCAUUGAUCACCAGCAGUUCUACCUGGCCCUGGAUAACAGGAUGAUUGUGGAGAUGCUGCGCACUGACUUGUCCUACCUGGCCUCUCGCUGGAGGAUGACUGGCCGUCCGAUUGUCACCUUCCCCGUCUCCCAGACCAUGCUCACUGAAGACCACACAGACCUGGACCCCGCAGUGCUGGCCACUAUCAAGAAGCUCCAGGAUGGCUACUAUGGAGGAGCAAGGAUACAGACUGGAAAGCUGUCGGAGUUCCUGACCACUUCAUGCUUUGCUCGUCUGAGCUUCCUGGAUGGCGGUAGGCCGCGCUUCAGCAGUGUGGGCCGGGAUGAGGGUGACGCAAAUAAAGGUGGCUCCUUUAGCCAAGGGAGUCUGCCUGAUCUCCACGUUGGCGAUGAUAAUGAUGACCUAGCUCAGUAUUUGGAUCAGCUCUUGGCUACAACGGUGCCACAGCAGGGGGUGAGAGCAGUGGGCGGGGCCUCCGGACUCUGCCGUUUCAAGGCUGCAGCUACUAAGACCAGGGAGAUGGUGUCUCUAGUGAAUAAGGCCAAACAACUUCACAUCCACAAUGUGCACAUGUAUCUACCUACUAAGCUCUUCCGAUCCCCUCAACCUUCUCUCAAUCUAAAAGAUUCUUCUGUAACAGAAAUGAACCAGCCUCCUGAGGUGGCUUUGUCAUCAGACAGUAGCCUGCCCCAUGGUCCUGAUGGAGCUAUAGACCACACGGCCCUGGCUCAGCUCCUCAAAGAUACGCAGAGUCUCCAGGACCAGGCUGACAUCCUCUACAUCCUCUUUAAAGACAAGGGAAUGGAGUGGGACACUGGGGUGCGUGGCCAAGGCAGCACCGUGCGCAGGCUGCUGCUGGAGCUCUACGAGAAGGCCGGAGACCUGCGCUGCUGGGGCCUCGUCCGCAUGAUCUCGGGCAUGCUCCGCAAGAAAGUGGAGGAGCUGGACUGGGCUUGUUCUGAUUUGCUGGCUCAUCAGAAGCAUCUAACAGUGGGCUUACCACCAGAGCCCAGGGAGAAGACUAUAACUGCGCCCAUGCCACCUGAUCAACUGGCUAAAAUGAUCGAUGAGGCCAGUGAGAACAAUAUUACAAUUUCGAUCCUGACCCAGGAGAUAAUGGUGUACCUUGCGAUGAACAUCAGGACCCAGCCGGGUCUGUUCGGUGAAAUGUUUAGGCUUAGGAUCGGCCUCAUCAUUCAGGUCAUGGCUACUGAACUGGCACAGUCGCUCAGCUGUUCGGGUGAGGAGGCCACAGAGAGUCUAAUGAGUCUUAGUCCAUCUGAGCUGAAGAAUCUGCUACAUCACAUCCUUAGUGGCAAAGAGUUUGGUGUGCAGAAGAGCGUACGGGCUGUGGAUACGGGUGUAAGCCCUGCCAUCUCCAUCCAUGAGGUGGGUAAUGUGGGUGCUACGAAAAGCGAGCGUGUAGGCAUCAGCAAACUGAAGAGUGACAUGAAGCUGACACCAGCACACUCACUCGAUAGUGAGCACAUCGACUCUGACAGGCCCAAGCUCUCCUCGGUCGAGUCGCUUGAUGGCUCGGUGAGCUUGCCCGUGGUGCGAGACAGUCGCCAGGGCCAGUGGCUGCGCCGAAGGAGGCUGGACGGAGCCCUCAACAGAGUGCCGGUGGGCUUCUACCAGAAAGUCUGGAAGAUUCUGCAGAAGUGUCAUGGGCUGUCCAUCGAAGGUUACGUGCUCCCGUCAUCCACUACAAGAGAGAUGACGCCCGGUGAGAUUAAGUUUGCAGUGCAUGUGGAGACGGUGCUGAACCGCGUGCCUCAGCCUGAGUACAGGCAGCUGCUGGUGGAAGCCAUCCUGGUGCUCACCAUGCUGGCCGAUGUGGACAUCCACAGCAUUGGUAGCAUCAUCCACGUGGAGAAGAUCGUCCACAUCGCCAACGACAUGUUCUACCAGGACCAGAAAGCUCUGAAUGCCGACGAGAACAUUCUAGUUAGAGACCAUUCUACAGGAAUCUGCCGGCUUCUGUACGACACUGCCCCCAGUGGCCGCUUUGGCACCAUGACCUACCUCACCAAGGCCGUGGCUAGUUACGUCCAGGACUUCCUGCCCAGUGGCGCAUGUGCUCUGCAGUGAAACCCUCUGUUUAGCCAGUAAGAAGGUUUUUAAAUUUAAAAAAUUAUUUUUUUCUUCAUUGUACAGUAUGCAACCAUACACAUUAACUUCUUCAUGCCAGCAGUGAACAACGCCAGUUCUCCAGAAGGUUGUGUGUUAGCCGUAGUUGUGGCUGUGCGUUUCUGAGCCAGUCUGGACAAAUGUACUGUACUAAGUAAUGGUAGUGACGUUUCAGUGUGAGAGAAAGCUUACAUUACAUCCAUUAAGAUAUUAAUGACAUGACCUUAAGUUUGUAUGCAGGUUGCAGUCCUUCACAUGUUCAUAUUGUAGUCUCUUCUGUUUAUUGACUCUGCUGAGUUUGAACGCAUCAUUCUGGCAGCUUUUCAGGGAGCCGUAGAUCAGCUUACUUUGUCUUGCCUUUUUUUAACCAUAUGACAGAGUCUCAAAUCAUCUGGAGUUGAGUGAUGAAUGGUUUCUAACCAAUAAGUGAUUACAGAUCUGUGUCUGCAGUGAAGGUUUCACUUUGGUUUUUUGAUCAGUAUGAUUUUAUUUUUAUUUUUUUUUGUAAUGUUUUUCUUAAAUGUACUUUUACUUGUUAAAACAAUAAUUUAGUUCCUUCAAGCUGUGAUAUGUUUGAAUGCCUAUCCAGUAUAGUAAUUUAAUAAAUGGUUUACAUGCUUUGAUGCUUCUAAUGAUGAAGUAGCCAAGUUUGAUUGUGAUUAUAAAAUGUCCUUAAUUGUUCAUGUGUACUGGUAUUAUGCUGCUUUUGACAAAUAAAAGCAUAUAACAUUUAAAACUGUA